GGAUCCAGGUGGUAGCUCGCGGAGGCGCUUCCUGGGAGUGACGCGCAGACUCAGCUCCCCCGCGGCCCGCCCUCCCGCCGGCCUCGCCGCGGUCUCCCUCGCUCCCUGAGAUCGCUGAGCGCUGAACAGCGGCCCGGGGAGGAGGCCUUGGGCGACGCGGCGCGGAGAGGGAGGGCGGGCGGGCAGUGGGAGCGCCGCGGGUCUCUAUAUGGCGACGGCUCUGUCGGGUCUUGCUGUCCGGCUGUCGCGCUCGGCCGCCGCCCGCUCCUAUGGGGUCUUCUGCAAGGGGCUGACCCGCACGCUGCUCAUCUUCUUUGACUUGGCUUGGCGGCUGCGCAUCAACUUUCCCUACCUCUACAUCGUGGCUUCCAUGAUGCUCAAUGUGCGCCUGCAGGUUCAUAUUGAGAUCCACUGAAGGCCAUCCCUGACUAGUAGGCAUAGGCAUCACCCCAACUCACUCAUCAGAGGGCCCAGAGCAUGAGAGGUGGAAGAGGGACCCUAGGUACUUGCCUGGAAAACGUAAAGAGGUCAC